GUCAAACUUCAAAUACUAUGUUAUGGUCGAAGUUUGUAGGUAUUCUAUUUAUUUUAUAGUAAAUAGUGAUUAAAACGUAAAAUAAACUAGAGAAAAUGGACCAGAAGCAUAAAUUUCAGUUAAUAGUGUUCGACGGCGACUUUUCACUUCCUUCCAUUGACCCAGAAAGCAUAAAAUCAAUACUCUACACGGCAGUCGCUGGCGUCCCCGUUGAGGUUAGGUUAUUCAACAAUUUAAAAAAUUGCACAUUGUACACAGCCCCUACAUUUGUUCAUAAAAAUUUAAAGUUCAAAACAUUCAGUGAUAUAGUGUUGUACCUAAAGACUUUGCAUUUCAACUUAGACCGAAAUCUAACGCCGAAAGAAGCUAGUGAAUCAUUGGCGUUGACGAAUUUGGUUCAGUCCAAAUUAAGGCCCCUUUUGGAGUAUUAUUAUUGGAUAGACGUAAGAAAUACUUUUGAACUUACUAAUAUUUGGUUUAUGAGAAGUCUUCCCAUUCCUUUUAACUACAUAUAUACGAGGAGAUUCAGAGACAGGGCUGUUGAUUUACUAGAAUCAUUACAUCCUACAGAAACCAAUUUUGACCUCAUUAAGGAGUAUGUACAAAGGGCAGCUACCGAGUGUUUGUCGAAUCUAGCUACACGAUUAGGUAACGAGGACUAUUUUUAUGGCAAUUCUCCUACAACUAUUGAUGUUUUGGUGUAUUCCUAUAUUGCACCCUUGUUGAAAGUUCCAUUUCCUUCUAAUGAAAUCAAGAAUGUUUUGUCGAUGUGGCCAAAUUUGGCUAAUCUUAUAAAAAGGAUAGAUGACCAGUACUUUCCAAACCUUCCCAAAGGCUCGAAGUACAUCAAAAUAGAAGAAAAAGUGAAAACUAGUGAUGACGAAGUGUCUUACAUGGCAAUAUUAAUUUUGACUGUUAGUGCUACCUCAUUAGUGUUGGGUUUUGCUUAUUCUAGGGGGUAUUUGUCUCAAUAAAACUUUUUGUACUGUA